GCCCGUCCCGCCAACGAGCAGUGUCUUGAUCUUUGUGAAUGCCAUCAUCCAACAACAAAAUCUAGAUCCUUUUCGAUCAGUUUAUCUUCAGAUUCAGGAACUAUCAAUUACCAAUAUCAUUCAUAGAAAACCUUCAUCUUUGAAGAGAAACCGAGCAACAUCUUGGAGCCAAACCAAUAGAACAUCACAUCAGGCUGAAAAACAUCUACUGCGUCCCUCAAAAUGUCAAAGCCAAAGCCAACCUACUUCCUCACUCCACCACGCCCCUACCCACCAGAAGGUCCAAUCCGCCUCGGAGCCAUCAUUCAAUCCCACAACGUUCCAGACGAACCUCUCUUCACACCCGGGAUCCCCAAAAUCUCCGACGUAACCUCGUUCAACGAGCGAAACUGGACCGGCUCGCACGUCUCAAAGUCGUCCACAAGAUUCGGAAUAUGGACGUCGUUUCUCGAGAUGAUUCUGAGUGUUGGCGUUGACGUUGGGAUACAGGUAGAUCGCAAUCUGCGGCAGCAUUGGCAGGCGCAGAACAUGUGCACUAUGAGCUUCGUGCCAUCGAGGUCGUUCAUCGAAGAAAGUGUUGCGAGCGAGGAGGUUAUGUCGUAUGUUGUCAACAACCGGUUUACUAGUAAGAUAUACAUGAUCACGGGGGUGAUGAUUGCGUCGUGUAGCACUGCCUUCCGCGAGUCGCUCGAGGAAAGCGGUGUUUAUAUUCAUGCUGGUGUCGACGCGUCGGCUUGGACGGGCAUUCCUGUGAGUGCAGGCCCAGAGGCCGAGAUCAAGAGAAGAGAGUUUGUGAGAGAGUCUUCAAUCCGCGACGAGGACUAUGUCUUUGCGUUCAGAAUUCGUGAGAUCAAGAUUAGCAGGAAAGGAACUGUGAAAUCUGACAAGCCAUUUGACAAAGGCGCAAAGUUCGGCUAUGGGGAUGAAAAGGUAGAUGUUGGGACUGGUGAAACCAUUGAAGUUGAUAACGAUUUGUUGGAUGAGGAUGGCGAGAACUUUGGAUUAGCAGCGCAAGAAUGCAUCACGGAGACUGACGAUGGGGACGAAGAAGAGUGUGUUUGUGUUAUGCCCGAGUUAGAUGGAUUCUAGUGUGUCAUUGGAGAAGAUGUAGACGUCAGAAUUACGGGUAUCUUGAAGUCAGAUGCUACUAUCUACAAUAUCUUGCUAUACUCAAUAAAUUAUUUCUAUGC